ACUGUCACAAAACAAGGACUUUGCAAAAUGGAGAAAUUGGCUACAUCAAUUUGUCUACAUUAUACUCUCACAAAUAUACAUACUGACUGAGAUUAUACAUUAAGGAAGGCAGAGUGUGAUAAUUUGGCCCACCUUAAUAUCACAAAGAGAGACAUUGUUACAUAGAAAACAACGACAAUAUGUUUCUCCGAAAAAAACUUAAAUGUAAAAACAUUCCAGAGUUAAUCACAAUAUUGAUAAUACUACAUGUAAUUGUUUCCUUUACAAUUAUGUACUUUUGUUUCAAUGGUGUCAAAGAACUGCAUCUUUGGGAGGACAUGAAUAUCCCAAAACAAAGAAAUAUUUUGGAAAAACGUGAAAGUCCAAAAGAAAUUGAUGAGCUGGAAUUUGUUAUUGAUGGGGAUGUAAAACUGUCAAUGGGAAAGUUGACACAAGAGGUAUAUAGACAUAAUCAAAAUGGUGAUAUCAACAAUCAACCCAAGGUCAAAGAUGAGAAAGUCAAGGACAGAAUGAAAUUUGUUAUUGAUGGGGAUGUAAAACUAAAACAGAGGAACAGAAUCUUAAGACCAUCAAUGGGAAAGUUGACACAAGAGGCAUAUAGACAUCAUCAAAAUGGUGAUCUCAACAAUCAACCCAAGGUCAGGGAUGAUAAGGUCAAGGUCAGGGAUAGUGAUAUUCUUCAAACCCAAGCUGCAAUAAUUGAGAAUGAUGUUGAAACAUACAUGAAAAUGAGACAAAAAAGGAUUGAAAAUGCUUGUCAAAGACUGGAGAAACUGAGAAAAAAGAAAACCCCAACUAGAAAGAAAAUAUCAAAUGGUAACAUUUAUGUUGAUAUGAAGAAAAAGAUUCUAUAUUGCUAUACACCUAAAGUCGCCAGCACCACAUGGAGGGAGAUUCUAACAGCUAGCAAAUAUGAUUUAAAUGAAACUAAUAUACAGUUGAGUCAAAGAGGACCAAAUUGGAGCAAAUGGUACGAAGGGAGGAUCCUAACACAUCUGAAACUUCUCAAUAGCAGGAGCCAGAAAAAUAUUCAAGGGGAAUUUUUCAAAUUCAUGUUUGUGCGCGAUCCAAUAGAAAGACUUCCAUCUGCCUGGAAAUCAAAGUUCAUUGAUGUCAAAGGAGAUUAUUACAGAAAACGCUAUGGAUCAAAUAUGGUGCGAAAAUAUCGUCAUAACCCUACAUAUGCUGAGAUUGUAGAAGGAAUACCUACUUUUGAAGAGUUUGUAAAAUAUAUAACUGACCGAAGAAAUCGUCCACAAGAUUCACAUUGGAUAUCUUUUAAUGAAUUAUGCACCCCAUGUACCAUCCACUAUGAUGCCAUUGGAGAUUUUAGGACUCUUAACACAGAUGCCAACUUUACCUUAGCACAUGCAAAUCUUGAUAAAUACAUUUUCCCAGUAAGUCAGCCUAAAACAUCAGCUAGACUUCAAAGUUACUAUAGCAACCUAACCUCACAAACAAUUAAUAGAAUAUAUGCAAGAUAUGCUACAGACUAUGAAAUGUUUGGAUUUGAAAAAUGGCUAAAACUUGAUUAAAAUGAAAUCAGGAGGACAUCCUAUUUCAAAAUUUAAACAUAUCUGAACACCUAUAUAAUCCAAACACUUCUCAACAUGAACACUUUUUCUAGGUCCCUAAUUUGUCAUCUUCUUUUGAACUUCAUAUUGAAAAACCUUGAAAUGUGAACACCUUCUAAUUCAAACACUUGGUCCCAGAGGAGUUCGGAUUAGACAGGUUUUAUUGUCUAUAGGGUCUACAUGUACCAUGAUAUGGUUGAUUAAUACAACAUAUAUUUCUAUACUUUUUGGGAAUAAUUCAUGGAUUCUAAAUUCAUGUUUAUAAAGAUAUGACGAAAGGCCUCUCAAAAUGUGAGGCAGGACUUCAAAAUGUGAGUCAGGACUCUAAAAAGGUGAGUCAGGACUCUUAAAAUAAAGUUGAAGAGAUUAAGAGGCUUUCAAUCUGGUAUCAUUUAUCAGUGUACUGUACAGGUACCUACCAAGCUUUCUGGAACUGCUACAGAGCGUGCUCCUAUAUACUGCAAUACAUCUGUAGCUACACCAGUGUCCCACUCUGUAAGUUCAUGUGGAGCUUGCACCAGCCCUGACCACUGGCUUUCAAGAUGCUUGGCCUAAAAAGAAGUAAUAUAUGUACCAUUUAACCAUUGGUUGUUGGUCCUCUAAGAGGGUCCUAUUUUCAUACAAUGGUUAAACCUUGUGUAUCAUUCAGUAAUGCAGUUAUGAAAUCAAUGCACAAGGGGGACAGAGCUGGACUUUCCUACGAGCUACCUGGUUGCAUCAGAACAUGUAGCUAAGACUUUUAACAAUACAUGACUGACAUUGAUUAUACACUGACUUAUCUCUGGAUAAAUGGGAAUUAAUGAAUAGAAUAUACUUGGCAAUAGUAUGGCAAUAGAGGCUUUGCCAUAUACAUGUAGUUUUAAAAAUCUUUUGAGAUUUUAGGAGGUUAACAUUCCAAUAUUUAACAAUCAUUGACAUUAUUGUAUCCCAUUUGAUAUGUUUUCAUCCAGUACGAGUAAAUAGUAAGCCCUCUAUUGGUAACCCUGAAGCUGCAUUUUCUGCAAAAAUGUAGAAAUCUGAACUUUUUAAAACUCAGAUGGCCAUACAGGAAUUGGUAUUAAUUUAAAUGAAUUAUAUUUUUAGAUUUAAACUAUAAUUUAUACCUUUGGCACAUGUGAGUCUACUUUAGCUAUCUCUUGGUUGAUGUGACUGUUCCAUUGUUCUGUCACUUCCUCUAACUCUUGUGAACUACAGUGGCCUUCAUUCUACAAAAUAUAACACUUAAUACCAAGAAGGAUUCUGACAGGGUCCCAACUCAAUAUCUUUAAUCUCCAAACAAUAUAUAAAUUAAAGGAGUGGGACUAUAUAUAGUCAAAUAUUUUUGGUUUGUCAACAAUCUUAGGGAUAAAAAGCCCAAAUUGCUCAUAUAAAAAACAACGACCAUUGAUUCACCUAUAUUAUAACUUCUAUAUCUGAUAAAAUUCAACAGAGAUCAGUGACCCCCUCCCCUCCUCUUUUUUUCCAUAACGGGAGACUUAAAAAAGCAAAAAGCCCACUUUAUGUAAGUGUAGGUAAGUUUCCAAUAUAGAUAUUAAUAGUAUACACAACUGACAUCAACUCUUGGACUACCACAAUAUAAAUAAAUAACAUCAAAUCAGUCAAAUCUUACAAUGACUUUUUCAGCAUAAAGGUCUGGAAUACUCUUGCGAUUUCUGAUAACAUCAUACAUCAAUGGUUGCGUGAAAGAUGGAUCAUCCAUCUCAUUGUGUCCCCAGCGACGAUAACACAUCAAGUCUAUGAUGAUGUCUUUUCUGAAUCUCUGCCUAUACUCCAUGGCCAACUUAGUGGCUGCAAUGACUUGCUCGGGAAAAUCUCCAUUGACACGAAUGACUGGAGAACCAAUGAUUUUGCCAACAUCGCUCGAAUAAAGAGAUGAUCUAAAAUUAGAAUAGUUCAGUAUAUUGUAACGGCUAGCCUAAUUUGGGUAGUGUGGGUGUUUUUAGACUAGGCUAGGUCACUUUGGGGAUACGUUGUACACAUUAAAUGUACGUGUGAAAAUAAAGAGACACAAUAAUUAAUGAAAGUUUAACAAUAUAUAUUCUGGCUUCA